UUCUGAGAAUAAGAUGGAGGUGGUUCAUUUGCAGAAAACCGAAGCCACGAGGAAGAAAGAGGAGGGGGAGAGAAACUAAAGAUAACAAAAGUAUAAGCAUGGAGUUUAAGUUCAAGUAUAUGCUCUUCUGACAGUUUUUGCCCUUUUUAUCAUACAGAAAGAUUUGGUGGUGGCUUCAUGUUAGAUGGAUCCCUUUGAAGCUUCAAAAAUUGUGCACAAUAGAAUCCAGCAAUUAGAACUAGAACCAGAGGAUGUUACAAAAAAGAUUAUAGGGUAUAUCUUCUUACAGGACCAUGGUGACCGGGAAAUGAUUCGGUUGGCUUUUGGCCCGGACAAUCUAAUCCACAACAUAGUACAGAAAGCCAAACUUGAACUUAGAUCAAAACUGGCUGUUUCACCUCCAAUUUCACUUUCUAUGAACCUGUCUUCCCUUCCAGAUCUUCCCAUUCAGUUUUCUCCAUUUUCACCGGCUUCACCCCAGACUUUUCCAUCCCCAGGAAGGAUUCGGGUUUCAACUCCAUAUUGGGACCCCCAAAUCGAAUCUGAGCAGCACCCUAUGCUUCAUCCAGAUUUCCACCCAUUAAAUUUCUCUGAUUCCCUCUCUGAAGACCAGAGGUUCCAAAACCAGCGUCAGUUUAAGGAUCAAUUAGAACCCCUCAAUCCAGGUCUCUCAGGGUUUCCUAGUGAUUAUUUUUACCCAGAUGCUGCAUUGGGCACUCUGAGUAUCAGGGGAAACCGACAUUCUCGGAGCUUAUCUGAGUUUCCAGUUAAGGCUUGUCACUAUUUCAAUAAAGGGUUCUGUAAGCAUGGCAGUAACUGUAGGUUUGUGCAUGGACAAUCCUUUCAAGAGAGCUAUCCUAAUAUAUUUGGUCCUAAUUCAAUUGAAGUUGGUGAUGAAGAUCAAGUAUUCUUACCUGGGUCACUUGAGAAACUAGAAUUGGAAAUCGCAGAGCUUCUGAAAUCUAGACGAGGCAACCCUGUUUCAAUUGCUUCUCUACCUAUGAUGUACUAUGAGAAAUAUGGAAGGCAUCUUCAAGCUGAAGGCUAUCUAACUGAGAGCCAGAGACAUGGUAAAGCUGGUUUUAGUUUGACAAAACUUCUUGCUAGAUUGAAAAACAGCAUUCGGUUGAUUGACAGACCUCAUGGGCAGCACUCACUGAUAUUGGUGGAAGAUGCACCAAAGUACAUGGAGACCAGGAGUGAAAGAAAUGACCCCGGACCAAUUGUUAGUGGUUCCCGACAAAUAUAUCUGACUUUUCCUGCUGAGAGUACUUUUACAGAGGACGAUGUCACUGACUACUUCAAUACCUUUGGGCCAGUUGAAGAUGUAAGAAUUCCCUGUCAGCAGAAACGGAUGUUUGGCUUUGUAACUUUUGUUAGUGCAGAUACUGUGCAGAUGAUUUUAUCAAAAGGAAAUCCACAUUAUGUAUGCGGGGCUCGUGUCCUCGUGAAACCUUAUAGGGAAAAAUCGAAGCUCAUUGACAGGAAGUACUGUGAGAAACUUGAGCCUCCAAUGUAUUAUCACUCGCACCAUGUAGACAUGGAUUGUGAGCUUCGUGCAAGAUGGGAGUCCUCAAGAUUACUCAGGAAGCAGCUAAUGGAAGAGCAUGAAGCCCUUGAACUUGAGAGAAGGCGUCUCUCAAAGUUGCAGUUGGCUAGAAAACCACAACCCAAUCAGUCCUAUUUUGGAUCCUCCAUGGAUGAGCUGAAAGUUUCUGAAGAUCACUCCAAUUUCCCAUCAGCAGAACGUUUCGACUACCUGCUGGAUGUGCUGAACAGUGGUUCAUCAAGUGAUUAUAACACAAACCAGAGUGGCAUUAAUCAUUCAGACCAGGAGAGUGGAGGACAUAAUCUCCCAGACAGCCCUUUUGCAUCUCCAGUAGCAAGCAGCAUUUCUGCAGUGAUAUAGAGGUUCAGGAACAACAACACAGAUUACAGAGUUUAUAUAGAGUACUGGUUUUGAAAGGCAAAAUCUUUCUGUUUGACACAACACAGUUAUUUUUUCCAUUUUUCCCUUUUCUCAAUUCUGUUCCUGAUUCAGACGAAGCUCCCAUGCUAGGACGGAUGAAAACAUCAGAAGCAUAUCCUCCCCAUUACACAGGUCGACGGAUUUAGGAAAGAAGAAAAUAUGACACAGGAUAGUAGUACAUGUUAGAAGGUUCUACAGUUUUCUUUAGUUGAAGUUAAUAACAAGAGAGAAAUGUGAAGAGUUCUGGCUUUUCAGCAGAAGAAUGUAAUAUAGGGCUUAGGUGAUGAGAGUGACACACAUGAAGCUGUUUGGAGAACGGUGAAAAUAUGUUCAGAAUCUCUGACACCACCAAGCAAUAGAAUAGGGCCUCCAAUUAGAGAAAAGCAAAUCAAGCAUUGUAGUAAUAUUUCGGAAGUGACAUAUAGACGGAGUUUUGGAAUUCACGUCUCUGAAAAUGUGGUUAAUACUGUCUCAUUUAUUAUUUUCAAAUUCUGCUGCACGUGAAAGUUUUGUGCACUGAUAUUAUCUGUAUGAUAUGAUCCAUUAACU